AUGGAACUCAACCGAGAACAUUUUCGCGCCAUAAUUUAUUACAACCUUCAGAGACAAUUAUCGCAACAAGAAUGCCUGCCACAUCAGUCGACAAUUUCCUGUUGGUAUGGAGAACUCAAACGUGGACGGGUGAGUCUUAGCGACGAUCCCAGGGUGGGUGCAUCAAAAACGGCAGUCACCCAGGAAAACGUCGAUGCUGUGCGCAAACUCAUCAUUGAAGAUAGACAUGUGAGAUAUCGCGAGAUCUCAAAGAUCUCAAUUCAAAAAAUUUUACAUGAAGAAUUAGGAAUAAGAAAAUUAGUUUCUCGUUGGAUACCCCACCUGUUGACUGAAGCGCAGAAAGCAGCCAGGGUAACUUGGUGUCAAAAAACGCAUGACCGUUUCAAUUCCGGAAACUCAAAAAAUGUGUACAGCAUUGUUAGUGGUGAUGAAUCGUGUAUUUACUGUUAUGAACCAGAAAAUAAACGACAGUCGGCUGUUUGGGUGUUCCAAGGUGAAGAAAAGCCAACAAAAGUCAUUCGUUCUCGAAGUACAUUUGUGUCAAAAGCGGGUCAUAUUGCAACAAUUCCUCUUAAUGAGCAAAGAACUGUUACUGCGGAUUGGUAUACCACCAUUUGUUUGCUAAAAGUCAUUACCGAGCUUCGAAAAAUCAAACCCGAAAGAAGAAUCAUCCUCCACCAAGACAAUGCAAGCUCGCACACAGCCCAAAAAACAAGGCAGUAUUUAACGGAAGAAAACGUGGAAUUAUUGGACCAUCCUCCAUAUAGUCCCGAUCUAAGUCCUAACGAUUUCUUUACUUUCCCGAAAAUUAAACACAGACUGCGUGGUCAAAGGUUCCACUCAGCAGAAGAAACAGUUGACGCAUUCAAAAAUGCCUGCUUCGAAAAUUGGUUCGAGCGCAUGCAGAUCUGA